AGGAAAAUUUAAUAAGUUUAACAGUUACCAUUGGCGAGGACUAAGAUUUUAAAAUUACAGGACUAAAAGUGACCGAACAAAAGUAUAUAUAAUUAAAUCCACAACUUUCGUUAUAGCACAGGGAUUAAUAGCAGAAUUUAACCUAGAAUAAAAAAACCCUAUAUAUUGCUUGAAAAACCCUAGCAUUCGAUCUCUGUUUGUAUUCGGCCGUCGAAGAUGUCGAAGCGAGGGCGUGGAGGAUCAGCUGGAAACAAGUUCAGGAUGUCACUGGGUUUACCAGUGGCUGCCACCGUGAACUGUGCCGAUAACACUGGUGCUAAGAACCUUUAUAUCAUCUCCGUGAAGGGGAUCAAGGGCCGCCUCAACCGAUUGCCAUCGGCUUGUGUUGGAGACAUGGUGAUGGCUACUGUCAAGAAAGGAAAGCCUGAUCUAAGGAAGAAGGUCUUGCCUGCCGUCAUCGUGAGGCAACGUAAGCCUUGGCGCCGAAAGGAUGGUAUUUACAUGUACUUUGAAGAUAAUGCUGGUGUCAUUGUGAAUCCGAAGGGAGAAAUGAAAGGUUCUGCCAUUACUGGUCCAAUUGGGAAGGAGUGUGCUGAUCUGUGGCCAAGAAUUGCAAGUGCAGCCAAUGCCAUUGUUUAGGGAUUUGAAUUUUUCUAGAGUUUUUUGUUCCCUUGAGUCAUGGCUUUUUGCUGGAUCAAGAUUUUGUUAUGUGUUUUUUAGGGUUUCUUGAAAAAUAUCGUAUGGAUAGCUUUGAUUUGGAUUUUGAUGCUGGGAUGUAGUUAAUGGAUUGUUCUCCCAUGUUUAAGCUUAUUAUUUCCUUUUUCAUUGAGGAUCUUGCUGAUCUUAGCCAUAUUAAUCGUAACUUGGAACCGGAUUGCUGAUUGAAUUGGAAAUCAAUCAGUUUAUCAGUCUGGACAGAGGGAAUGAAUCGGUUUGAAUUGGUUGAGGUAGUGAUUGAAUUGGAUUUUUUUCUAAAAAAGUUUUGUAAUAUUUUAAUAUUUUUAUAAAUUUUUAAUAGGUUAUUUAAGUGAAA